AUGGGAAAGAAUAACAGCAAAUUUAAUCGGAAUAGUAACACAACCGGCGGAAGGACAACAACCACAGAACAAUUAACAAAUAAAAAUUCUUCGAAUUGUGGGGGAGGUGUUGAACAAGAAACAGAAAAUGUGCCAAUAGGGAAUGGGUCAAAUAAUAAUUUAAAUAAUGGAGAUAACAAUAAUAAUAAACAAAAACAACAACAAAAUGGUGGGGGGAAUAAUAAUAGAAGAUUAAAAAAAGAAAAAAGAAAAAAAGCAAAUAAAAAAUUAACACCCGAAGAAUUAAGCGAUUUGGAACAAAAAACUUAUUUUACAAGAAAAGAAUUGAGAAAGUGGUAUAAGGAUUUUGUACGUGACUGCCCUACAGGAGAAUUAAAGCUUGACGAAUUCCAAAAUAUUUAUCGCCAAUUUUUCCCAAAUGGAGAUCCCUCAAAAUUUGCAGCCUUUGUUUUUAAUGUUUUUGAUGAUAAUAGGGAUGGACAUAUUUCAUUUAAAGAAUUUAUUGCAGCACUCUCAAUUACUUCGAGGGGGACAUUAGAUGAAAAAUUAGAAUGGGCAUUUUCUCUAUAUGAUGUAGACAAGGACGGUUUUAUUACAAAGGCAGAAAUGGCAGACAUUGUUGAUGCAAUUUAUAGCAUGAUAGGGAAUAUGUUGGAAUUACCCAAGGAUGAGGAUACUCCCCAAAAACGAGUGGAAAAAAUAUUUGCAAAUAUGGAUUUGAAUUUUGAUGGUAAACUCACAAGAGAAGAAUUUAAACAAGGCUCCAAAAAUGAUCCAUGGAUUGUCCAAGCAUUAACCAUGGAUAUGAAUAAUGGUGAAGAAGUAAUAAGCCAAAAAGCAUAAA